UUUUAUGCGACGGUUUGGCUACCUAGAAAAAGGACCCUCGCAAGCGGAAGCUCUGUACAGUGGUGACGCGAUUGUGGAUGCCAUCAAGCACGUGCAGAAGUUUGGCGCUUUACCGCAGACGGGUGUUCUUGAUCGACGAACAAUCGAGCUAAUGUCAGCGCCCCGAUGUGGCGUGGUCGACGUGAUGCAGCACGAUCAAUCAUUGCGCCACCGGCGGUACGUGAUCGGUUCGGAGAGCUGGCGGAAGCGGCGCAUAACAUACUUCAUUGCGAACUGGUCCAGCAAGGUUGGUGAGGACUCGGUGGCCAAGUUUAUGGCCAAAGCGUUCGGCGAAUGGAGCAAGUACAGCAAGUUGCGCUUUGUGCGCGUGUACGACCCGUCCGCAGAUAUUAUUGUCGGGUUCGGGAGCGGACAUCACGGGGACAACUAUCCAUUCGACGGGCCGGGUAAUGUGCUGGCCCAUGCGUUCUAUCCGUACGAAAUGAAUGCUUACGGUGGGGACGUACACUUUGACGAGGACGAAAAUUGGAAGGAAAACUCGACGCACCUCAGCGAAGGGGUGGACUUUUACUCCGUCGCUAUACACGAGUUGGGACAUUCGCUGGGACUGGCGCAUUCGCCGGUUUAUUCUUCGCUCAUGUUCCCGUACUACAAAGGCAUUGCACAGGGAACGCUCGAUUACGAUGAUAUCUUGGCGAUGUACCAGUUGUACAUUCAAAACCCUCACAUUACUGAUGACCCGGAUUGGAUGUACACUACCGAAUCGGUAACAUCCGUGGACGAGUUCUUCACCGUUACACCUGUACCGAGACUGCCCGAUUUGGACAGCGAUCCAUAUCCCGAACAGGAACCGGUCUUUACCAGCACCACAACUUCCUCCACAACGGAAGUGUACGACAUCCCGAUCACCUUCGUCGGUGACUACGAAACCGUGGAUGACCACAUCAGCCGGCAUCAUUCGCAGCCACCGGUCGGUGUCACCACACCACACAUGCCGGCAGAGUACGUCCCCGUGCCGGAUAUAUGUAGCGGUAGUUUCGAUGCGAUCGGUCUUCUGCGAGGUGAAAUAUUCAUCUUCAAGGGUGCCUAUCUGUGGCGGCUAACGGAGAAGUAUCGUAUCAAGGAGGGUUACCCGGUGCGGAUUUGGCAGGUGUUUCGAGGAUUCCCCAAAACCGUCACCCAUAUUGAUGCCGUGUACGAGCGGUUGGACGAUAAUGCGAUCGUACUGUUUUCCGGACGCGUGUACUGGGUGUUUGAUGCACUCAACUUCCUGCACCCGGAAGUACGUCCACUGACGGACUAUGGUUUACCGGAAGAUCUGAAGCGCAUCGAUGCGGCGCUCGUUUGGCCGAAAAACAAUAAAACCUACCUGUUCGCAGGUGAUCGUUUCUGGCGCUACAACGAUACGGCGGGCGAGAUGGACGAAGGCUAUCCGUCAUCCAUGGACCGUUGGUUUGGUAUACCGAAAAAUAUUGACGCGGCCACGGCAGUCGCGAGCGGCAAGACGUACUUCUUCAAGGGAAAUUACUACUGGCUGUACAAUAAUGAGCGGGUACGCCCGGAACGUGGAUACCCUCGGCGAACGGGAAAUAUAUGGCUCGGAUGCCGAUAA